GCAAGAUUCGGUCCUUCAUGAGUCAAUCUGCUCAAUCUACCAGAUACUCCUGACAUUGAUAGUCCCCAUGUCUGGGUUAGAUUACGGCUUUUCCUAAAUUCCGGCUAAGAAAAUGUCUUGUUCAAAACCACUUGAGACUUAGGCUUACGCAGCAAGCCAUGCUGUAUGUUGUUAGGCUCAUGCAAUCUAGUAAUCGCAGCUACCAGGAUAUGGGAAUAUACAAACCCUGACGGUUCAAAACAUUGCCGUCACCAGCGCAGUUGUCAGUCAGCGUUCGCCGAGAUUAGUCCGCUACAAAGAUUAGAUUAGAUCACUGGUUUGUCGAGGUCCAACAUCAGUGGUGAACCACAUAGCUCUGCUAUAGCACGCCGACACAUCAUGAAUCAACACCAAGCCAAUGGCAAUGUGCCUAUGAUGAAUGGUAUGCCCAGUAGUGGCCAGCAAACUGAUAUGACGCAUCUCUGGACCGUCAUCAACACCCUGAGCGAUGCCCUAGCAGAGAACAGGGCUCAGAACACCUCGCUCGUGAACGGUAUCCACCAGAUUCAGGCUCGCAUCAACGAAGACGGCGCGUUCCCACCCCCGAACCACGUCAACGGCGAGACCACCAACUCCCUCGCUGCCCAGAAUGCCUCUCUUGAAGCCGAGAAUCUCGCCCUCCGCCGCACGAACGCCGCCCUCACGGCCGAGCUUGAAACUUCGACCGCGCUGCUCGACGACUAUGAAUCCUCACUCAAAAUCAUCCUCGACAAAUUGCGCCCCUACGCUUUCAAUCACCAACAGGCCCUGCUAUCGAUUCACCGCCACUACAAUAGCCUGCUCGAAUCCGAGCGGCAGGAGAGACUAGAGCAGAGCCUGGACCAUGCGCGUUGGCAGGCUGGGCUGGGAAAAGUCGCUGAGCUGGCACGCGAAGCCCUCCGGGCCCAAACGGAAGAUCGUACACCAUAUCUGGGUAAAAUUGCGGAACUGAAGUAUGAAAAUAGGGUGUUGAGGAGGUUGAAUGGGUGGGAGGAAGGGAGUGAUAGUGAGGGCGAGGAGGAGAAGAGGUCGCAGCUCGGGCAGUAGGUGUGAGCUUAUGAUUCAGGAUGGGGAUGGACUGUGUGGAGUUUUGCAUAGCGUUGGCGUUUGGGGAUACCAAGGCUACGAUCUCCUACUGGCUUCUUCACUACUUGUGCUUCCCAGCUCCGUUUCUGCGUCCACACAGACAGAGUAUUGCUAGGACUGAACAAUGCGUGCUAGACUGCAUUUAGAUUGAGUAGGAAGAUUUCAGGUAACGAAUUCACGUAGACAGCAACGAGAGCUCUUUAGACGGUUUAGUGUAGAUCAGGAUGGCUCUGCUUCGUCUUCAAGUGUAUUUCCUUUGUUGACAAUGGGCGCUUCGGCUUCUGUGUGAUACCCA